AUGGAUGGAUGGAUACUUGUGCAAAGCAAACAUCGAGUGAGGGAGAAAAAUUGUAGAAAUAGAAAAGAAGGAAGAGCAACAGAUGAACUUUUAAAUACUACUCUAGGUGAGAGGGAAGAAGAGGAGUAUAAUGAUGAUAAGAAAAAUUUAAAAACAAGAAAAUGUACAUAUAGUAUAAACAGAAAUAACAGGGAUAACAUUUACAAGGAAAUAAAAAAAAUUAUGAGUCUUUUAGAAAAAACAGAAUUUUUUGAAAAUUUCCAGAAAAAGUUUAAUAAAAUAUAUAAACAUGAGAUAAAAAUAGUAGGAGCAAUUUGUUUAGGUUUAGGGUCCUUAAUAGACCUAAACUUGAAUAGCAAAAGAGCAUGUAUGUACCAGCUAUGUUUUAUAUUAUUAGUGAAAAAUAUUUAUACGAUUGAUAAAAUUUUUAUUUAUGAUCCGAAAAUUACUAAAAUGGAGCAAGGUGUAUAUAGCAUUUUGAAUAUUCAAGUGCUUUCAUGCAAAGGAAUAUAUAAGAAGAGCAAUUUCGAAUCAGACACUCAAACUGCACAUGUAGGAGAGGAAAAAACAUUUCAUUAUACUACUAUAAAAUUAAAUAAGAACGAAAGGAUGCUAUUAUUUAUGCCCCAUUGUGAUAUUUGUUUAUAUGGUGAAGUUUUAUAUAAUAUUUUUAUUUAUGAACAGUUAAGAUAUGCUAAUGUUCAUUUUUUUUUUAAUCUGGACAAUACAAUUUUUUUGGGAAAUAGUUUUGAUUAUUACAAAGAACGUAUCUUUUUAUAUAAACCAUUUGGAUUGUCGUCUUACAUAAUUCAAAUGCUGCAGGAGAAUGAAGAUAUUUUAAAUUUAAAAAUUAAUGAGACCCAUUCCUUCCAACUGCAAAAGAAUUUUAAAUAUUCCCAUUUUAUUUUUUAUAUUUUAAACUUUUCAAAACAGGUUAAUUUCCCCGUAUAUUUUGAACAAAUUUCAGCUUUUAAUGACUUAGCUAUUGUAUUAUUUUGCAAAAUACCAAACAAACCCAUCUUUUGGGCAAGUGUUUAUAAAUUCUUGCUUGAUCAGGCAAAAAUUUGA